CGGCGGCGCUUACGGGGCGCCUGCUGCAUGCACGCAGGGGGCGGCAGUGGCCGGCGCCCCAGCCCCGGUGUCCUCGUCCGGAGGGACGCAGAGCCCGCCUCCGCCGUAGCCGGGACUCGGUCCUGGAAGCGGGUGUGCGCGUCCCUUGGGCGUCACGGCUUCCACACUGCUGGGGGUCACUACAAGGCUCGGACCGGCGCGGAGCACCAGUGGCUGAUGCGGCAGUUGAAGGACCCGUUCGUGAAGGCUGCGAAGGUGGAGAGUUACCGGUGUCGAAGCGCCUUCAAGCUUCUGGAGAUGGAUGCGAAGCACCGGAUCCUGCGGCCUGGCCUUCGGGUGUUAGACUGCGGGGCGGCGCCUGGGGCAUGGAGCCAGGUGGCUGUGCAGAGGGUCAACGCUGCAGGCACAGAUCCCAGUAGUCCUGUUGGCUUUGUGCUGGGGGUAGAUCUUCUUCACAUAUCACCGCUGGAAGGAGCAACUUUUCUGUGCCCUGCUGAUGUGACGGACCCAAAAACCUUCCAGAGAAUCCGAGAACUGCUUCCUGGUGGGACAGCAGAUGUCCUUCUGAGCGACAUGGCACCCAAUGCCACAGGGAUCCGGGGCCUGGAUCACGACAGGCUCAUUGGACUGUGCCUGUCCCUUCUGGACAUGGCUCCACAGAUCCUGCGCCCUGGGGGGUCAUUCCUUUGUAAAACCUGGGCUGGGAGUCAAAGCCAUCGGCUGCAGAAGAGACUGACAGGGGAGUUCCAGAACACCAGGACGCUGAAGCCUGAAGCCAGCAGGAAAGACUCCGCGGAGGUGUACAUCUUGGCCACGCAGUACCGCCGGCCAGAAGGGCCUGGGAAGGGCUGAACGCUCCUCCGCCGCUGCCGGUCCUUUUCCCUGCGAGUGCACACGGGACAAGUGGGGGACCUUGUUCUUCAA